ACAGUCAAGUUGCAUAGCUUUAUCCAACUAGUUCAGGAGCUAGGUAGCGCCGCUGUGCAGCCUUGCCUUCCUGCCGACGUGCACUUCCCCCACUCUCCCUCCAGCCGGCUAGCCGCAGCGUUAGUCCGCUACAUAAAAUGAAGCGACCAUCAGCAUUUCGGGAAGCUGUGGGGCUCUUUGGAUUUUGCUGAUGUACGAGGAGACAUCAUUGUUUUGUAAAGAUCUCUGUCAAGGAGGUCAAAAUCAGUAAGGGGUAUGGACGAGCAGAAAUCAAACUGCGAGGAGAAUGACUCUGAACCAACAGCUGAUGACAGUGCCCCUUCAAAGCAGCAUGUCUCCUCUGAAGAGGAGUCGAAAACCCUUCCUGCUCCUGACGACGUGUCAGGUGCUCCUGCUGCCUCUUCCAAUCCACCUAUAGAGAGCAUUCGAGCCUGUGCGCUUUGUAACUGUGUGGAAAGGAGCCUGCAUGGACAGAGGGAACUGAGACACUUUGGGCCCUCUUCUGAGCAGCAGACCCUCAAGCCAUCAACUUCCCCACUGCCACAGCCUGGGAAUGAUGAUCUGUCUUCCAUUGGAUUUUCUCACUCACCAUGUUUGGCAGCACUCUUUAAUGACUCAGAGGGUUGUUGGGUUCAUCACUGGUGUGCAGCAUGGUCGGAGGGAGUGAAACAAUUGGAAAAUGAGGAGCUGGAGAACGUGGAUAAGGCCGUUAUCUCAGGGACACAGCAGCUUUGCGAUUACUGCAAAAGACUGGGUGCAACCAUUCCAUGCCAUGCUGAGGGCUGCUCACGGUUCUACCACUUCCCCUGCUCAGCAGCCAGUGGAUCCUUCCAGUCCAUGAAGCAGUUGGCCCUCCUCUGUCCAGAGCACAUAGAAAAGGCAGAGGAGUUGGCAGGCGAAGAGUCCUGGUGUGCAGUGUGUGACUCUGCAGGGGAGCUUACAGACUUGCUGUUCUGUACGGGUUGUGGCCUACAUUAUCAUGCGGCCUGUCUGGAGAUUGGUGCCACGCCCAUCCAACGGGCGGGGUGGCAGUGUCCAGAGUGUAAAGUGUGCCAGACUUGCAGACAACCAGGAGAAGACUCCAAAAUGCUUGUUUGCGAUGCCUGUGAUAAGGGCUACCACACCUUCUGUCUCCAGCCUGCUAUGGAUUCUCUUCCCUCCGACCUAUGGAAAUGCAGAAGGUGUCGUGUCUGUAUGGAGUGUGGUGUUCGAGGACUGGGGCUGCCAGGUUCGGCCCAGUGGUUUGAUAAUUAUGCCGUGUGUGAGGGCUGCCAGCGUCACCGCAGCACUAUGUGCAGCGUCUGCAGCAAAGCAGCCAACCCAUCUGUCACUCUGCAGUGCUGCAGCAUUUGUCACAGGUGGAUGCACAGUGAGUGUGCUUUACCAGGGGAACUUCCAGAAGCAAAGUGCAUUUGCCUGCUUUGCAAGGAGUACCAGCAGCAGCCAAUCACUCAACCACACACAGCAGUGAAACAAACCCGAGAGGCGCCUGAAGAGACCGUUGGGCAUGUGGAUUUGGUGGAGAUGACAAUCCAAAGUGAUGCAGACAUGGUGACAGAAGAGCACACAGACUUAUCACUCAAAGAGGGAAAGAGAAGCACGUCGGAGCUGGACCCAGGUGAAGCAGAGACUGACAAAGAGUCACCUAUGGACUUGGGGGCAGAGUCUGAACCUGUUGAGACAAGAGAUGAUGGGAAGAAAAUUGCAGAGGAAGAGCUGAAGUCAGCAACUGAAGAAUUAACUUCAGAGGUUCUCAAUGCUGCACAUGAGUCUAAAGAACCUGCAACAGCAAAACAGGGGGCCUCUUGUCUACCUGCUGAUGAAGAGAGAGCAGAAGACACAGCGAGCUGUAUGUCCCAGACAACCCCUUCCCAGGAGUUUUCAGGAGAGAUACUCUCUAACAACCAUAAAGGAGAGCAAACAUCUGUGUCACACCACGGCCCUGAAAGUAUGGAGGUGGAGAAAGAAGAGGAGAAGCAGCAGGCCACUCCCUCAGCCGAGCAAGAUGUAUCACCUGAGUUAUUAAAAAGUGGCUCUGAUGGCAUGUCUGUCACAGAGACAUUAGGAAAGGAUCCACCAAAGUUACCAGCUUCUCCUGCCUCUGUUGACGAAACGGAGGAUUUGCCAAUGUCUAACCAGCAGGAAAGAAGUCCGUGCCCAAACCCCCUGUCCCCUUCUCCUCUUUCUUUAUCAGUAGAUACUCGAGAGGCCCUCACUGCUGUAGACAUGGAGGGGAGGUCACUACCUCACUCUGAGGAAGAGGAUGAGGAAGAUGAGGAUGAUGAGCUGAUGAAAGAAGGACAUAAUGACGACAUAAAGCAGGAACUUCUUGAGCACGACGUGAAGCCUGAACUGCUGCUGGACGAAAUGUCCAAUAUGAGCCAUGGAGAUGAGAGCAGCAGUGGCUUUUUGGGCUCUCCAGGAGAACCUGAUCCUCAGCUCUCCAUGGAAUUUGGCCUUGUUCCCGCUGGCCACUCACACACAGACAACCUGCUUACUGAGACCGAUGACUCGCUUCCCUUUGAACCCCUCAGAAGUGACAGAGAAAAGGUGAAGCGAAGAGGAUCCCCAGGCCGCUCACGGGUCAAGCAGGGGCGAAGCAAUAGUUUUCCUGGGAAGCGAAGACCUCGAGGGGGUGGUGGAGGGAGAGGGCGUGGUGGAAGGUCACGCCUUAAAGCCAUGGCCUCCUGCAUCGAUGCAUUCUUGCUAAGCAUGACCACAGACACUGGAAUAAGUAAGGAGGAGGAGGAGGAGGAGGAUGACACCAUGCAGAACACAGUGGUUCUUUUCUCAAACACUGACAAAUUUGUCCUUCUCCAGGACAUGUGUGUUGUAUGUGGCAGUUUUGGAAAGGGUACGGAAGGGCAGUUAUUGGCUUGUGCUCAGUGUGCCCAGUGUUACCAUCCGUACUGUGUGAACAGCAAAAUCACCAAGACGAUGCUCCGUAAGGGAUGGCGAUGUUUGGAAUGUAUUGUAUGUGAAAUGUGCGGAAAGGCUUCGGACCCCUCCCGACUGCUGCUGUGUGAUGACUGUGAUGUCAGCUAUCACACUUACUGCUUGGAUCCACCCCUGCACAAUGUUCCCAAGGGUGGUUGGAAGUGCAAAUGGUGUGUGUGCUGCGUGCAGUGUGGUUCCAACACACCAGGGUUCCACUGUGAGUGGCAGAACAACUAUACCCACUGUGGCCCCUGUGCCAGUCUCGUCACUUGUCCUGUAUGCAGGGAAAACUUCAUGGAGGAGGAGUUGCUGCUGCAGUGUCAGUACUGUGAUAGAUGGGUCCAUGCAGUCUGUGAAAGUCUGUACACAGAAGAUGAGGUGGAACAAGCUUCUGAUGAGGGCUUUGCAUGCACAUCUUGCACCCCAUAUGUUCCAAAACCUGUGGUAGUAGAGUCAGCCAUUAUGGCUUCAAUAAAGAUCAAAGAACCAGAACCCCAGUUUUACAGGUUGGAGGGUGUGUGGCUGACAGAAUCUGGUAUGUCCCUGCUCCGGAGCAUCUCCAUGUCUCCCCUACACAAGAGGCGGCAGCGUCGCUCCCGUCUCGGCACUCUGUGUUGUGAAGGAGGUCCUGAUGGAAUGGAUCUGAGGGAUAUCGAAGGCGACGGGGAGGAUGGAAAAGGCUGUGGGGAGCCCAUGGAAUGUGAACCCAAGAUGGAGAACCAUGGGAGCCCUUACAGAGAAGCUGGUGCUGAGGGGAAUGAAGGGAUGGCUGACUGCGAUGGUCUCAAAGGAGGGGCAGAUGAGACAGAGGAUAGCAAAAAGAGAAAGCGAAAACCAUACCGACCAGGCAUCGGAGGUUUCAUGGUGCGCCAAAGGAAGUGUCACACACGGAUGAAGAAAGAGUUCUUUGCCCAGCUGGCUGGAGAGACUACGUUAGAUGGACAGCCAAUAGAGAGAACCAUUGAUGAAGGACCCCACCCUGACACAGAUAACAUAAUGGAUCCUAAACCAGUGGAGGGAGAGGAACAAGCCAAGAAACGUCGUGGCCGGAAGAAGAGCAAACUAGAGGACAUGUUUCCAGCUUACCUCCAGGAGGCUUUCUUUGGGAAGACAUUAAUAGACUUGAGUAAGAAAGUUGGGAUGUUACCCCAAGGACAGAGGCCCAGCUCGGGCCUCGUCCGCCCUUCGUUACCAGCACCUUCAGGGGUCAACACUACUGCUCCAGAGACUGAGGCCAAGGAUCGUGUGAUGAAAGUUUUUCCUCUCAAGCAAGAGGGGGGUGAAGCCUUCCAGGCUCAGGGAGAAGGUGCAGGAGUUUCUGCACCAUCCUCAUCGCUGAAGGACCAGCCAUCAACCGAUACUCUUGACUCUGAUGCAGAUAAAAGUGAAGGUCUUCCUCAAGGGGUUGAAAGUCUGGACUCUGAGCAGUUCUUCAGGAAGGUCCUGGGAGUGUCAGACGGCUCCUCUUUGGGUGGCAUAAAGCCUAUCCUGGAGGGCAGUAAGGGAGAACUCAAUCGUAGCGCUCUGCCGCAGAGAGCUCUCCUCUCAGGGUCCCUGCCCUCAGCUGGAAUGAUGGAUGCCUUUCCUGGCCUUUCUCAGUCACCAUUCUUUGACAUGCGGGACCGAGGAGGACUGUUCAGUCCAGAUGGUGGUGAGGAGAGCCCCUGGGCCACUCCCUCAACCCCAGCAACCCCCUCUUCCCCACCAACCCCCACUGAAGCAGAGGGUGAUGGGCUUUCCUACAACCAGCGCAGUCUGCAGCGCUGGGAGAAAGAUGAGGAGCUUGGGGAACUCUCAACAAUUUCCCCUGUGCUUUAUGCCAACACCAACUUUCCAACCCUCAAACAGGACUACCCAGACUGGGCUAGUCGCUGUAAGCAAAUCAUGAAGAUCUGGAGGAAGGUGUCAGCUGCUGACAAGGUCCCAUAUCUGCAAAAGGCCAAAGAUAACCGAGCUGCUCAGAGAAUCAAUAAGGCACAGAAGCAGGCGGAGAGUCAGGUGUGCAGGCCAAUCAAAAUAGAGGCAGGACGUGUGAAAGCAGAACGGCCCAGCUUACACCUCCAGAUCCCUCCUCCUUCAGGCUCUACAUCAAUCUCUUCCCAGCCCAGCUCUGCAGAGAGCCCCUAUCCCUUCCCUCCAGAUUCAGGAUCAUCCUCUGUCUUUUUCUCAGAUGGACCUGUUAAGACCCCAGGGUCAGCUGAAAUCCGGACAGAUCCCUUAGCCAAGCUGCCUCCUCAGUCGCCUCACUCCCACUCCCACUCCCACUCUCACUCUCACCCAACUACCCCCUACUCCCAUGCUGGGGCCAGCCCCUUGCAGGCCUCUUCCUCAGGUUAUUCCGCUUCCGGCCCACCGGGUCCUCCUCAGGGACGGCCAGCCAGUCUUGGCCCCUUUGACAUGCAACCAGGAACUCCUGGAACCCCCAGACGGGCUCAGCAGGUUGACCCCUAUUUCAGAUCGCAGCUGCAGCAGCAAAAUCAACAUCAACAGAGUCAUCUACCACAAUCACAGCAGGGCUCUCAGGAGUCCCUAGGACCUCCAGAAAGUCCUCAUUCAAGAAAUGCUGGGCUUGGGGAAUCGCCCAUCUUCUCCCCAUCUCACAAUAUACACUAUGGAGACCCAUUCAGAAACCAGCAAGGGAUGGUUCGGCCAGAUUAUGGUUCAUCCCCGUCACCAUCUGCAGUGGCUUCCUCCCCUGCCAGCACAGGGCAGUUCAGGGCUGAUAUGAGUGCACCUUCUCCACGUGCCUCCUCAGUUGGAAGACUUGACUUAUCCACUGGCUCCCCUGCUGGGAUGCUGGAGUCUGGGGAUGGUUUAUUUAAGGCACCUAUGACACCCCGAAUGCACCAAGGGGAGGGUGGACUUCAUCCUGGAGCUUCCCCUAGCCACCCGUCUGAGGGUUACAGGCAGUCUCCCUCCCACUCUUUCUCUGAUCCACACACUCAGCCAUCGCUAACUCCAAGACCGCAGUCGGGUGAUAAUUGUUCCCUUGGACCCCAAAGACACCCAGGAGGUCAACAGGAACUAUGCCCUAGGGUGCCCUCCAGCCCACAGUCCCAAGGCAGCUCUCAGUCUCCUCACACUCCUGGUGGCAACUCAAAUGAUGGUUACUCUGUCCAGUCACCUGCAACCCCCCGUUUCCAAUCCCCAGACCCUUGUUCUCAGCCACCUUCACGGCCACAAUCCAGAGAUCCCUUUGCUACUAUCCCCAAACCUCCUCGCCCCUCCUCUGCCGCCCCAGAGGGAACUGCAAGUUACAAAAGCUCACCUCCUAACCAGCAACCUCCACCCCAUCCUACCAACACUUCCAUUGGGGAUCCUCUCUCUGGUAAACCAUCCACACCUCCUACUUUCAGCCGCAGUCCCAGCACUGGAGGCUUCCAAAUAACCCAACAACAGAGUCAGAUGUUACAGGGUCAGCUUCAGCAAUCACAGGCACAAACUCAGCAGACUAUGGGGGUAGACAGCUUCAGCUCCAGGGGGCCACCUUCCUCUGGAUCUCACGAACUGCAAGCUGUGCGUCCUCCAGAUACACCUCAUCAGUCGUCUUUGCCAGGCACCCAAGAAAUUCCUGACAUUUCAGCCGGGCAAGAUCCUGCUUUGGCAGGCCUUAGCCCUUCUGAAUUGGAGAAGCACAGACAGCGCCAGAGACUGAGGGAAUUCUUAAUAAGGCAACAAAUGCAAAGAAAUUCCAUUCGACAAGAGAAGGAGGCUGCUGCGGCUGCUGGCAGUGCAUCCCCCGGCUGGGCUGGAGGGGAGAUAGGAGCCUUUCAACAAGACAAGGUCCACAGAGCACCACCACCCUAUCCACAGGAUCGUGUUGCUGCUACUACUGCUGGAGCUCAGGCUUCAGUAGCAGGGAAGAUUCCCAUGGCUAUUGGGGGUAUGGAGGACAAACUCAUUCGCCCACCACCUACAGGAACCCCUGCCAUUAUGGAUCCCAGUGCACAAAGGCCACAAGGGCCUAUGCGACCUCAAGGAAUGUUUCCUCGUCCACCGUUCCAUCAGCAGUGGCAGGCUCAUGCUCCAGGUCCACGGAGGUUUCCCCAGCCUGGCAUGGAGGCUAUUGGCAUGAGGCAAAACCUAAACACUGCUGUAAACAUACAGGGUAUGGAAGGCAUGGGUAACCCAAACAUGAUACAAGGACAUGGAGGAGAGACCAUGCAGCCAGUAUGUCAAGGACCCCCACCUCAGUUCAUUGAAUUACGACACAACUCACAGAGGCUACCCAUACGACACCAGUUCAUGCCGCGUGGACCCCAGCCCAGACCGCGGCUUUUUUUGCCACAACAAGAGACAGCACCAUAUGGUCAACAACAUCCAAUUGCUCAAACUGAGGGCAUUCAAACAGAAGGAGCCAGCAACUCACAGCUGGGGUUACAGCAGGGUGGCCUUGCAACUUUAUUGCCUCGGCAGUCUUCAGGAACAGUAACACAACAGCCUCAUCUGCAUCCCCAGACAGCUAUUUCAAAUCCAAACAUUCCUGGCACAGAGCAGCAUCAGCUUCCACAACCCAGUGUAGUCCCAGGAACACAGCCUGCCACGGUAGAAAACAGCGAGGAACUGCCAGAGCCUGACCUCGAGGGGCUUGAAAACACCCAUGGAGAUGGAGGUGUAGAAGAUGAGGAUGAUUUGGCUCUAGAUUUGGACCCUGACAAAGGAGAUGAUGACUUGGGUAAUCUGGACAACCUUGAGACCAAUGAUCCACAUCUGGAUGACUUGCUUAAUAGUGAUGAAUUUGACCUCCUGGCUUACACUGACCCUGAGCUGGACCAAGGAGACCCAAAAGAUGUCUUCUCAGAUCAGUUGCGGUUGGUAGAGGCAGAAAGUGAGGCACCUUCAUCUUCCUCCGGAUCUGUUGUUGUUAAAGUGGAAGAGAAAGCCACAAAGGAGCCAGGGCAGAAGUCUCUCACAACAGCCUCUGGCACUGUAGGGGGAGUUUCUACCCAACUGCCAUCCUCUGUACAAACUGCUGAUACCGUCAAGAUCAAAGUAGAGGACACAGGUCUGACCCCUCAGCUGCAACCAGGACAGCCUGUGGUAAAAGAUGAGUUCGGAGAGGCUGUGUCAAUGCUUCUUGGUGGGAACACACCAUCAGCCAAGUCUGCUCAGGCAGAAAACCAGCCAGCUUCACUCAGUUCAGUUCGAUUAGGGGGACUACAGUACGCCCUGCCAGGUCAAGCUGAAGCAUUGCCUUUUCCAUCAGCUGCUCCACAUGCAGAUAUGGGUGGUGAUCCACUUGGGCUGCCCGAUGUAGGUGGACAACACUCCCCUGCUGUAGAUUUGGCUAAGGUAGAGAGCUCUUUAGAUGGUGAGCUGCCUCUGUUGAUACAGGAUUUGUUAGAGCAUGAAAAGAAGGAACAACAGAAGCAGCAACAGCAGCAACAACUCAGUUCCCUCCACCAAGGAGGCAUGGCACCUCAUUUUCCUGGUCUCCCAAAUCAACAGCCAAACCCACAAGCACCUGGGCAGAUAAUGCUGCCACAACAUCAUCGUCCUCCACACCAAGGAAUGAUGGCUCAGCCAGGAAUGGGGCCUCGUCCUUCUCACAUGUUGCAACAGCAGCAGCAGCAGCAGCAGCAAAGGUUCAUGGGAAGUGGAAUAGCACCUCCUCCUCACAUGACAAUGGCCCAGCAGCAAGCCAUGAUGAGGAUGGGGCAGCCAGGGAUCCAUACUGGUCUCCCUCAUCAACAGCAGCCACAGCAAGGGGUUAAACAGUCACCUCUGGCCAACAAUUUCUUCCCAGAUAAAGAUUUAGACACAUUUGCGACUGAUGACAACAUGGAUCCAAUCGCUAAGGCAAAGAUGGUGGCACUCAAGGGUAUCAAGAGGGUGUUGGCACAGGAGCCAAUGGUUGUUCCCCCUGGUAUUAACAGGCAACAAGUUUCUCUCCUCGCUCAGAGGCUAGCCUCUGCCCCCGGCACAGAUCCAGCUCAGCUCGCAUCUGGAGCACCAAAGGAGGGAGAAACGAGUGAUCCCACCCAGUCAAGACCCAACCCUCCCCAGUUUGUGCAAGGAAUCAUCAAUGAUGCAGAACAGCACCAAUAUGAGGAAUGGCUUCUUCACACUCAGCAGUUACUCCAAAUGCAGUUGAAAUUUUUGGAGGAGCAAAUUGGAGUUCAUCGGAAAUCUCGCAAGGCUCUGUGUGCUAAGCAACGCACUGCAAAGAAAGCUGGCAGGGAAUUAGCUGAGGCAGAUGCAGAAAAACUAAAGUUGGUUACAGAGGAGCAGAGCAAAAUUCAGAAACAGCUUGACCAGGUACGCAAGCAGCAGAAGGAGCACACCAAUCUUAUUGCAGAGUACAGAAGCAAGCAACAGCAGCAUCAACAAGGCUCAGGUCUUCUUACCCCAGGUCAUUCUGCACAGGGCCAACCACCACACAUGUUUCCCAAGAUGGCUGGUCAGAUGGUGAUGGGCCAGCAGGGAACCCCAGUAAUGGGCCAGCAGGGAACCCCAGUAAUGGGCCAGCAGGGAACCCCAGUAAUGGCCCAGCACCCUGGCAUGAUGCCCCAAGGUGGAAUGCCUGUCAGAAUGCCACAAGGGCAGCCCUUCAUGGGUGGAGCCCAGCCACAGCAUCCUGCUGUCCUCAGAGCCAGUGGCGUUAGUGGUGUAAGGCCCCAAGGUCCACCUGGUGCUCCAACAGGAUUUUUCCCUCAGGGGCCUGGAAUGCAAGGUGCAGACCCCAGGCUUCUUCAAGAGAGACAACUUCAACAUAGAAUGCAGAUGGCAAAGCUCCAGCAGCAGCAACAGCAGCAGCAGGUGAUGAUGGGCCAGCAAGCGAUUCCACAUCCAAAUCAACAGUCUGGCUUAAUUCCUCAGCCACAGUCUGGUAUGAUGAGGAAUCCACUUAUGGCCCAACAACAAGCAAACCCUCAGCAGGUUAUGCUUGCUAACCAAGCCAAUCAACAAAGCAUGUUGCAGGUUCCACAAGGAAUGGUUGUAGGCCAGUCUGGGGCUCCAAUGCCACAGACCCUUCCCGGAGGACAGCCUAUUAACCAUGCUCAAGGCAUGAUGCCAGCUCAGCCAGGGAUUAUUGGGAACCAUCCAGUUAUACCUCAGCAACAGAGGCCUCAGAUGAUGAUGGGACAGCAGGGCAUGGUUGGAUCUCCAGGUCAUCCUGGCCUCAGAGGUCCUCAGGCCCAGUUGACUCCUCAACAACAGAACAUUCUGGCCCAACGCAUGCUUGCAUCGCAGCAACAGCAGCAGCAGCAGCAGCAGCAGCAGCAGCAGCAGCAAAGUGUUAAUAAGAAUUUGGCCCACAUUCAGCAGCAGCAGAUGGUGCAGCAAAGACAACAAACACAGUUGAUCGGCCAUUCCAGCCAAGACCAAGGAGGGCACUCCCAACCCUCAACCCCACAGAUGGGCUCCUCACCUUCAGCAGGUAGUAUCACCCCCCAACCACAGGGAGCUACAGAAAACCAAAACUCAGCCCCCAAAGAGGGUGGGAUCCUCAACCCUGAUUCAAGAACGCCACCACAGCAGAUGGGUCCUUCCACUCCCAAUCAGACUUCCCAACAAGGCACUACAAAUGAUCACCAAACUGAAUUGGGAAGACAUCAGUUACAACUACAGCAGCAGCAACAACAAAACCAGGCUUAUAUGGCCCAGCAACAACAGACAAUUCCUCAGUCUGUACCUGAGCAACAAAUGGGUGUUGUUGGAAACCAACAAACUGGUGUGCUUCAGCACCAACAAGUUCCGCUCACUCUCCAAAGGCAAGGUUCACUGGGUAUGGACAAGCCUGGUUUGAUGACUGUUAAAGAGGAAGGAAAGCCAGUUGAUUUCUUAGCUCAGCAACAACAAACAGCUCAAAGCGCCAUGCAGCAGUCUCAAGAUCCUAGCAUGCAGCAGCAGAUCCUAGGCCAAAGCCACCCUGGACAGCCACAGCCUGUGGUAAUGGGGCAUAAUCCACAACAGCAAGCUCUCAUGGCCCAGCAGCAGAAACAGCAGGCCAUGAUUGGCUUGAUGAGAGCCCAGCAGCAAGGGAUGAUUGUACAGAGGACUGGACUCCCACCUGGACAGAUCCGCACUCCCAUCAACAUCCAGGCGAUUAUUGCUCAAAACCCUCAGCUCCGGAGUCUUCCCCCAAACCAGCAGAUACAGCACAUUCAGGCCAUGAUUGCCCAGCGGCAGCUCCAACAAGGACAGAUGCUGCGGAUGUCAAUGGGUCAAGGCCAGCAAAAUCAGUUACAGCCUCACAUGCCCCCUGGACAGCUUCUACAGGUUGGGCAGCAGAUGCCAGGGAUGGAAGGCCAGCAGAUACCUUACGGAGCCAUGGGAAAGCCAGUAGCAAUUGGCCCUCAGCAACAGUCAGGUAUAAUAGGCCAGCAACCUGGUACUGUUCCUCAGAUACAGCAGGGGAUGAUAGUACCAGGGCAACAACAGCCACAAGCAGGGGAGAUGAUGCAACAUAUGAUGAGAGGUCAGGUACCAAUACCCACUCCCCAAAUGGACCAGGGCCGUAUGAUAAGGCCAACAUCUCCUCGUCAGCCAUUGCCAAACUCUCCUGGUGAUCCAAAAAGGCAUGCAUUUAGUCAAGCUAUGGGUAUGCGUCCACCCACCCCAAACCAGAACCAGCAAGCACUAAUGGCUGCUCCAGCUGGACGCAUGCAGGGCUCUCCAUCCAAUGCGUAUUCUCCAAGAGGUCCCUUCGGCAUGAGCCCAGCCCACCCAGGAUCCCCCCACUCAUCCCAUGUCUCCUCACCUAUAGCUGACAGCAGGGCUGGAAGGGGGAGUCCAUACAGCCAAGUCAAGGCAUCUCCACUCAGGUCACCUGGAGCGAAGAGUCCUCUUGACUGUCCAGGAAUGAAAGUUGAAGCUCACACAUCUGCCAAUGAAACAUCCCAGACAGCCUUAGGUAUCCCUAAUGGUCCACAAAAAGGCAUGAAUGCUCAACAACAUCCACAGCAGGUUCCAGACAGCCACAUUACUGACGCACAACAAAUCUCUAGAGGAGGUGAGGUUUACAAAAUGACCCUACAGAACAUUAAACAAGAACCAAGAGAGGUUCAGUGUGAUGGUGAGGCUGAGGCUCAUCCUGGCGCUAUAAAGCGAGAAGUAAUGGGUGAUGUAUCGUCAUGUGGGAACAAUUCAGGCUUUAUUAAUGCUGGAAACAUGGCCGGAGACCCUGGGACUCAAGGCCCUAGGUCUGAGACUGGACAGCAACUUCUGCAGAAACUCCUGAGAACAAAGAACCUUCAGCUUAGUGCUCAGAGGCCCUCUGAGGGCAUCCACAAUGAGAUCAAUGGACACAUCAACAGCAAACUAGCAAUGCUGGAACAAAAACUUCAAGGGACUCCACGAAACAUGGAGGAUUUACAGUCUAUAACUAAAAGAUCCCCUGCACAAAAGCCAAAGCGCACUAAUAAGGCAGCUGGAGACCGAGCGCCCAAUGCACGCAAGAAAAAUAAAAAGGAAGAAGUUGGAAAAAGUGCAGAAGCCCUGAUAAAGCAACUCAAACAGGGUCUGUCUCUGCUACCUCUGAUGGAACCCUCAAUUACCGCCAGUCUGGAUCUAUUUGCCCCUUUCGGAAGCAGCCCAGCCAAUGGUAAAGCCCAGCUCAAAGGAUGCUUUGGAAAUGCAGUGCUGGACAACAUCCCAGACUACUACUCUCAAUUACUUACUAAGAGUAAUCUCAGCAACCCCCCAACACCCCCAUCGUCCUUGCCACCUACUCCUCCGCCGUCAGUACAACACAAGCUGCUGAACGGAGUGACUCCUGGGGAGGAACUGUCUGAAGGUCGAAAAGACACAGAGCAAGCAGAAGAACCAAUGGAUUCGGUUACAGCGGAGGUGAAGAGUGUAGACAUUCUCGCAGCUCUCCCCACUCCUCCACAUAACCAGAAUGAGGACAUCAGGAUGGAGAGUGAUGAUGAGGAUGCCCCAGAAAGUAUCAUCCCGGCAUCCUCCCCUGAGAGCAACAUAGGAGAUGCAACGCCUCGUUUCCCCCACCUCCGUGAGCCGAAAGAGGAGGAGACAGAGAGAGCAAUAUCUCCCAUCAUCCCCCUCAUCCCUCGCACUGCCAUUCCAGCAUUCCCAGAAAACAAACCAUUUGAAGCAGCUGAAAGCAAGGCAGUGUCCACAUCCAACCACUGGGACAAGGCCAAAAGCAACGAGGUGUCGGUUACCUUCAUGUUGUCCUCUGCUGCUGCCAAGAAACUGAACCAUGUGAUGAUGGCCAUGGCACAGCUGCUUAAUAUCAGGAUGCCGGGUUCGUAUGAGGUGACUUUCCCUUCCCAAAACCCUGACAUGCCUGGAGUUGAUGGGCCUGGGAAAGGAUCCGGACAGUCAGGGUUGUUGUGCACAAAGGACAGCCCGUCACCAAGUCAGGAUGAGUGGCUCAGACAGUUUGACGUUUCUCUGCCGGGCUGUACACUGAAGAAACAAGUGGACAUCCUGGCACUUAUAAAACAGGAAUUCCCAGAUAAAGAGGACAAACCAGCACAGCACUGUUACACGACGAAUGUAAGCGACCUGGAUGUGCGGCACCUUCCUGCUUUACCAAUGGAAGAAUCUCCACCCCCAUCGCCGUCCCCUCCACAUCCUCCACCAUCGGUCCCAGUUCCAACUGCUGAAGCUGAACCUUCAACAGCAGUUUCUCCAUCCCCUUCUCCCUCCGAUCCCACCGUUGUCAAGAUCAAGACUGAGCCUGAACAGUAUGAUGAGCCCUCUGCUGAGGCUGCUCCACCAGCUGUUGUCCCAGAGUCUGAGCCUGCUCCUCCAGAGUCAGUCACAGACCCAGGGACUGCCUCUGAAGUUCCAGAUCAAACCGCUCCUACGGAAGAUCAUCAGACUCCUGUUGCAAAAGAAGAGGACGUAGCCACUGAUCUCGCUCCCCCUCCUGAAGAUUCUUCUGACAACCUGGAGUCUUCCCCAAAGGCUGUAAAGCAGCGCAGGCCUCUCUCCCCUGAUGAGGAGGUGGUCCAUCCCAAGGUGAAAAAAUGGAAGGGGAUUCGCUGGAAACGUCUUCAGAUCGUCAUCACAAUACGCAAGGGGGGUUCUAAGAAAGAGAGCAGCCGUGAGGUGUCAGAGCUGAUGGAACGCCUUCGUAUAACUCUUCGACCAGACAAGCUGCCCAGGGAUAAACGAAAAUGCUGCUUCUGCCACGAGGAAGGUGACGGAGCAACAGAUGGGCCUGCCCGACUUCUCAACAUCGAUGUUGACCUAUGGGUGCACCUCAACUGUGCCCUGUGGUCUACAGAAGUGUAUGAGACGCAGGGCGGCGCCCUAAUCAACGUGGAGGUGGCCUUGCGUCGGGGAUUACGGACCCUUUGUGCAUACUGCCAGAAGACCGGGGCCACCAACAGCUGCAACAGACUCCGCUGCCCGAAUGUCUACCACUUCGCCUGUGCCAUCCGAGCACGCUGCAUGUUCUUCAAAGACAAGACCAUGCUGUGCACCCAGCACAAGCUCAAGGGUCCCAGUGAAGAUGAACUCAUUGCAUUUGCUGUUUUACGGCGCGUCUACAUUGAGCGUGAUGAGGUGAAGCAGAUUGCCAGCAUCCUGCAGCGAGGUGACAGGAUUCACCUGUUCCGUGUUGGGGGUCUCAUAUUUCAUGCUGUUGGUCAGCUGCUCCCCUCCCAGAUGGCUAACUUCCACUCACCCACUGCAAUCUUCCCCGUCGGCUAUGAGGCCACGCGCAUCUACUGGAGCACGCGUCUGCCUAAUAAACGCUGUCGCUACCGCUGCCGCAUCAGCGAGGAUGAUGGUCGGCCGCUGUUUGAGGUGCGAGUUCUGGAACAGGGCAUGGAGGAUCUGCAGUACCGUGACACUACUCCAGAGGGAAUAUGGGAGCGGGUGGUUCAGCAGGUGGCUAAACUCCGAGAUGACUCGUCCAUGUUAAAGCUGUUCACUGAACAUUUGAAGGGGGAGGAGAUGUAUGGCCUCACAGUUCAUGCUGUCAUGCGCAUCACUGAGUCGUUGCCUGGAGUGGAGAACUGUCAGAACUACCAGUUCAGAUAUGGUCGCCACCCCCUCAUGGAGCUCCCUCUUAUGAUCAAUCCCUCUGGCAGUGCUCGCUCUGAGCCAAAGGUCCCCACACAGUGCAAGAGGCCUCACACUCUAAACAGCACCAGUGUGUCAAAGGCCUACCAGAGUACCUUCACUGGAGAGCUCAACACACCAUACAGCAAGCAGUUUGUCCACUCCAAGUCGUCCCAGUACCGCCGCCUGAAGACCGAGUGGAAGAACAACGUGUAUCUGGCAAGAUCACGCAUUCAGGGCCUGGGUCUGUACGCCGCCAAGGAUCUGGAGAAGCACACCAUGGUCAUCGAGUACAUUGGCACAGUCAUCCGUAACGAAGUGGCCAAUCGCAGGGAGAAGAUCUAUGAGUUACAGAACCGUGGGAUCUACAUGUUCCGCAUCAACAAUGAGCAGGUGAUCGAUGCCACUCUAACAGGUGGACCGGCACGCUACGUCAACCAUUCCUGUGCCCCCAACUGCGUUGCAGAGGUCGUAACAUUUGACAAGGAAGACAAGAUUAUCAUCAUUUCCAGCCGCAGGAUCCCCAAGGGAGAGGAGCUGACCUACGACUACCAGUUUGAUUUCGAGGACGAUCAGCACAAAAUCCCUUGCCAUUGUGGAGCCUGGAAUUGCAGAAAGUGGAUGAACUAAGCAGAAGAAGGAAGAAGGGAGAUUUCCUCUCUUGCAGGUGCCAGAACACUCUUGCGCCAAAGCCUUUGAAUCCUACAUAGCCAGUGCAUAAGCUGAUCUGAAAGACAAGGAGGGAGGGAGCAUGGACACCUGUAGCCAAAGGUUUGAAGAGCAUUAAUCAAUAAAAGCAAGCAAGCGUCUCCGUCAACAGCAACUUGAUGGUGGCACUAACUUUCAUGUUUGGACUAGUGAAUCACCCCCCCCCCCCCCCCCCCCCCCCCCAGACUCUUGAUAAGCUUACAGCGGCUGGAAAACAACCCUCAACAUCUACCAAAUGAUUCCCCUCUGAUAUCAAUACUCGACGAUAAGCCAUUUUUAAAAUACUAAGAAUGAACUAAUGAUGCAUUUUUUAUGUUUUAAGUCGGACCUAUCACCUGUCCCACCUGACCACACCUCCCCCUUGCCUCCCAGAAAAGGCACUUUCCCAUCAAGUCAUCAAUGAAGACAACACGGAUAUUUGGCUAGCUAGACAAUCUCGAUGUGGCUCUGUAUGAGAACUGCAUAUGAUCGAUGGAGAAAAAAAGAAGAUGUAAGUUAAUAUAAAAAAUGGAGAUGCUAUUGAUCUGUGGCUCCAGAGGCACCAGAUGUUCUGACUGUUUGGAGUCCCAAGGUGGGUUAUUGGACCCAGUCUACCUCAUUGAUAUCGCGGGAAGUGACUGCUUUGUAUAAAAAAAUGUUAACUGCUACUGUGGAAAUGGGGGGGAGGGGGGGGGGGUUAUGGGCUUCUCGGACAAGCAGGGAAACUUAAGCAGCAGGUUUGCUCUAUCUACUCUAUGCUGAUUUACAAUAAUGAGCCAACAUUAUUAUUAUUAUUAUUCAUGAAUUGUUUAUACAGAGGAAUUAUAUGACAGUUUUGAUAAGAUAUUGCAUUAAAAUCACAAUCAGAAGCUUAGCGGGUGUCCUAUAGGCCACCAAAUCAUCCUGGAUAUUAAUGUAGCUUUUUUUUUUGUUCUCUUUAUGUAUGUGUCUGGAAACCAUGUUGUCAGCUGUGUGGAAGCACAAUAACAUCCACCUUCUAAGUUGCUUGAACACAAUAAUAGUGUGAGUGAAUGGCGCUAGUAUCCCAGGACACUUAGUCUUUGAAGAAGACUCUGAAGUCCACAGUUAACCAUGAUCAUGUUUCGCUUGUCGCGCCAUACAUUGAAGUCCCACUUUGUUGAAAACCAGCCGGUGGAUGCAUGACUACUGUCCCAUGAAAUGCUUUUUACUCUCCCAACAGGUCUCUUCACAACUCAACCUUAAAACUUUAAAUCAUGCCUCUUCCUCUCUGUAUACUUUAGUGGACUGUUGUUAAAUCUUUACUGUAGUAAGUCUUCCUCUGCCUGAGUACAGCCUGCAGUGUUUCUACUUCCCCCUGUAGUGUGCUUUUUUCUAGUGCUGGUACUGUCCUCUCCAGGGCUGAACUGACGGCAGGGAAAGACUUAUUGGAAAAAAGGGCAUUUGUUUUCAUUUCUAUGUAAGAUGAAUGAAAAAAAGUCUUUAAAGGGAGCUUUGAUUAAAAACUCCACCUUCCCAUACUACUUAGUUUCCUCCUUCCCCUAACCUAAGACCUCACAUGAUUUAAAAAUGCAAAGUUGUACAAACUGUAUAUAUAGUAUAUGCAUUGGAGGGGCAGCAACUCUUUAUUCAGCCCCUUUGUAAUCAAGAAAGUCAAAAGUGUAGAGAAAUAAAAUUGAAAACAACAACAACAACCACUGGAUAUCAUUUUAACAAAGAUAAAGCUGUAUAUAAAUAUAAAUAUAUGUAAAAUGGCAAACUAAUAUCUUUAUGUAUAUGAACCAGAGUGUUUUGCAUUUACCUGUUUUUUCUAUUAGUGUUUUUGCUAUAAGAUCUCAGAGACAAGUUUGUUAAAGUAGGUUUGAGAAACACGUCUGCUGCUCUCCAAUGGAGUGAGACGAGAGGCCGAUGUGACGACACAAACAGUUUUGAUUCAUGCGGAGUGUGGUUGAUUAUUAGACAUGAAAAUCACUUCUCGAGUACAGCAGUACAAUGGUGCAUAGCAUUUGUAUUUAUGUAAUAUUGUUUGUGUUUAAUUUUUUUUCUUAUUUAUGCUACUGCUUGUUGAUUACCAAAACCUGUCCCUUAAUCGGUCACAAUUGGAUUACUAUACUCUUGAAUGGAAAAUCUUGAACUCCCUGGAAUAUUGUUAGUGUUUUGCUUUUUUAUAUCUUCCCUAUAGAAGUGAAUGUGUUGGUAAACCUCGUGAAAUGGUUACUUGGCCUAAUGUUUGUUAUGAUGUAAAACUCAGUCGACCCCAUACUUAACCUGGUAAUGAAUUGCACUCUCAUAGUAUAAUGGAGAUCUUCUCUAAAGUGGUAGAUAUUGAUCAAGUAUCCGAAGCAGUGAUAUAUAUAAAUAUAUAUAUUUUUUGGUAUGUUUCUAUUUCAAGGGAAGACCAUGAUGAGACAUUAUGCCGCUCACUGGAUUUUAGCCUGAAUAAUUUUUAACUUCUCUGAAUCUUAAUUUAAGUUCUCUGCAUAUCUUAUAAUUUAAUAAAGUUUGCUCGAAAAAUUGACGUUUUUUUAACCUCACCUACUUUUUAAAAAGAUGUUGCAUCUGUACAGCAGAGAUACUUUAGGGAAUAUGAAUAAAUAUAAUGAUCAUUUUUAUUGUAUGUGGCAUGUUUUGUAUGGAUAUUAUUUUGAAUUGUACAUAUUUUUUUCAGGACGCAAGAGGUUGCAUCUCUUUAUAUACAGCUUUCCCACUCCCCUUCCCCUUCAUCUUAUUUCUUUGUCUGCUUUGUUUCUUGUAAAGGAAAAUAAAAUGCAUUUUAAAUAUG